GUAAACAGGAAGUAGAAUUCAAUUUGGGACUCAAUAUUCGGGAGAGAAAGGCCAGGGAUUCCGGGGAAACACGCCCACUCCGCUGAUACGGUCUCAGAAGCGUCACCGCAACCAUGGCCGAAUACUCCUACGUGAAGCCCACCAAACUCGUGCUCAAGGGAACCAAGGCCAAGAGUAAGAAGAAAAAGAGCAAAGAGAAGAAGAGAAAAAGAGAAGAAGAUGAAGAAAUUCAACUUGAUAUUGUUGGAAUCUGGUGGACAGUAACAAACUUUGGUGAAAUUUCAGGAACCAUAGCGAUUGAAAUGGAUAAAGGAACCUACAUACAUGCACUUGACAAUGGUCUUUUUACACUGGGAGCCCCACAUAAAGAAGUUGAUGAGGGUCCUAGUCCUCCAGAGCAGUUUACAGCUGUCAAAUUAUCUGAUUCUAGAAUUGCCCUGAAAUCUGGCUAUGGAAAAUACCUAGGUAUAAAUUCAGAUGGACUUGUUGUUGGGCGUUCAGAUGCAAUUGGACCAAGAGAACAAUGGGAACCAGUCUUUCAAGAUGGGAAAAUGGCUUUACUGGCCUCAAACAGCUGCUUUAUUAGAUGCAAUGAAGCAGGUGAUAUAGAAGCAAAAAGUAAAACGGCAGGAGAAGAAGAAAUGAUAAAGAUUAGAUCCUGUGCUGAAAGAGAAACUAAGAAAAAAGAUGAUAUUCCAGAAGAAGACAAAGGAAAUGUUAAACAGUGUGAAAUCAAUUAUGUAAAGAAAUUCCAGAGCUUCCAAGACCACAAACUUAAAAUAAGUAAAGAAGACAGUAAAGUCCUUAAAAAGGCCCGGAAAGAUGGAUUUUUGCAUGAAACACUUCUGGACAGGAGAGCCAAACUGAAAGCUGAUAGAUAUUGCAAAUGACCAGGAUUUUUGUUUCUGUCUUCUCCUUUUUUUCUGAAUAAAAAAAUCAGUGGAAGUGUUUUCACAGAA